ACCGCAAGAGCAAUGCAGAAGGAGCAGUUACAGUUCACACCGCGACUCAAUACUUGACGCGCCAGUUUGAUCCUCAAAACAACCGCUUCUGUUUGUUUUUGUUUGUUUUGUUUGUUUGUUUUUCUUUCGAACUAAAAUUCAACUUCGAACUUUUUGUUUUAGAAACAAGGAACAGAAACAGACCUUGUUAUGGAAAUCAAAACGAUCCUGUUUUUAAUUCUGAAUGCCCGCACAUGCACUGCCAUCUUUAACGUUAGUGCUGAAGACAGUUUAUCUGAAAAUACGACAACUGUUCAGCUGGCUAAUCCAGAAGAUCAUCAUGAGAAACCCAGAAAAGUCCCCGCUGGACGCAGUUUUGCUGUUCAGCGUGACUAUAAAACCCAGACAGAUGAGCCGAUUGACUACAAUAUGGAUGAGACAUUGCCCGACUCUUCUUUAAUGCCAAAUAAAACUCGUAAAGAGUUAAGCCAACAAGCGUCCCGAUCUAAUAAAGGAGCACAUCCAUGUAACAUCACUGAUCCGAAUGCAGCAAGAUUCAACCGGACUACAAUCCCGAUACUCAGGAUCUCAGACAAGGCUGUUGACUUCCUUAAAAGCCCACUGGUCACACGCAUCAUGCCCUCAUUCUACAUCUUCAUCAUCUUCAUUAGUUUACCCCUGAACGCUUUGGCCUUGGUGGCAUUCACCUGUAGGAUUCGAGCGAAGAAACCAGCUGUGAUCUACAUGUCUCACCUGGCGUGUGUGGACCUGCUCUUCACCCUGCUGCUGCCUCUGAAGAUCCACUACCAGCUGAAUGCUUCAGAUUGGGUGUUCGGUGAGGCGGCGUGUCGUGUGCUCAGUGCAGCGUACUACUGCUACAUGUACUGCUCCAUACUGCUGAUGAUGAGCAUGAGUGUGGACAGGCUGCUGGCCGUGGUGUUUCCCAUCGCCUCUCUGACCUGGAGGAGCGCAAGGAAAGCUACAUGCGUGUGUGUGCUGGUCUGGCUGCUGGCGCUCGCUGGUACAGUGCCACUUCUCUCCAUAACACAAACAUUCAAGAUAAAGGAUGUGGGCAUCACCUGCCAUGAUGCAUUGAUCCACAAUGACCCUACAGAUCAGCAGUACAUGUACCAGUUCUCCAUCCUCUCCUGUGUCUACUACUUUGUGCCACUUAUUGUCACCUUAGUGAGCUACUCCACCAUCAUAUUUGUGCUCCGUACCAAGUCUAAUCAAUUUGCGAAAUCAUCAUCGCUGUCAGAAAAGCGAAGGAGAGCUGCGAUUAUGGCUAUUGCUGUGCUGAUGGUGUUUGUGGUGUGCUUCGCACCAACCAAUGGCAUCCUGUUGUACCACUGUGUUCUUUUAGCUACUGGAUUCAACAGCGGUGAGGGAGAUUCAUCAUAUGCAGCUUACCUGUUGGCUGUGUGUUUGGGGAGCGCAAGUGUUUUUCUGGACCCUCUUCUGUACUAUUACGGCUCGUCUCAAUGCAGACAGAAGAUCAUCUCUGUGUUUUGGUGGAGAUGGGGAAAAAGCACCUUAUCAAAUUCAAACAGUCAGACAAAAUCCUCUUAUGUAAGUUGUGAGUACAGUCAGGCACGCAUUAAGAUGUGAAUUGUUUCGAAAAAGAGCUGAUGAAAUUUGCUGAUGUACUCUUAUAUUGUGCCAUUGACAGAAGAUUGAAUUCAAAGUCUGGCCACAAAUCCUGAUUCAUGCUAAAGCAGGAUGUAUAUCCCUUCCAUGCUGUUAUUUUAAAAAAUCCAGCAUGUUACUAGGUCAAAUUGACCCAACCUAUUCACUAUUUAAGAGACUCCAUUUCCUGUUUGUGACUGAGCAUGUGUAAGAAACACACAGUGUUACUGAAAGCAUUUUACAUCGCCAUGUUCAGAUCACAUUUCUAGAGAAUGUCAUGCGAUUUCAGGCUGAAAAAUUGAAAGUUAAGUGGCAGUAAAUCUGUCUAAAAGAGGACAGAAUAUUGUAUAGAAGAAACUUAAAAAAUGCUAUUUUUGAAACAUUUACUUGAUACACUUUCAUUCAAUUUUGAUUGCAAGACAAUUACAAAAGUACACAAAUAUUUGUACAGAACAGAUAAAUAAAACGGAUCAUGUUGUUAUCUUUAUAUUUUCUGAAAUAUUAAUUAGCACAAUCAGCGUUUUCUAAAAAUGAAGCACCUACUUUCAGUAAAUAUUUGUUUAGAAAUAUUUCAAAACACAUUUCAGGCUCUAUUUUGUGACCUAUUUGUGCAAAGAGCCAGCAGUCAAAAUACAACAAAUAUAAAAAGCAGUCAAUCCAAGUGUCUGGGUGAAACAGAAAACAUGAUAUUGACUAUUUUGUAAUUCUGAAGGCAAAAAGUUCAGCUGCAGUCACUGUAAUUCAUUAUAUAGACACAUUAUCUGUGAAUAUAAUCAGACUUUUUCCAUCUCUGUCUUUUGCUUUACAGGUUCACUCCACUAUAUUAAAUUGCCGGUUUUAAACGACAGCUUGAAUGUGUAAAUAUCUCUACAUAUAAAAUGAUGUGAUACAUACAUGUGCACAUGGAUGAUAUACUGUAUUUAAAUAAUUUGUGCACAUUUUCUUAGAUUAUUAUAUUUUAAUAACUGAACUGAACUUAUAUAUUUGCUAGUUGUCAAACAAGCCUAUUUUCUCAAACUUUUAAGUUCUGGUCUCAAAACUGUAAUGCAAUUUUGAUUGGAGUAAAAAAUUUAACAACUCGCCAUGGUCUUCGCUAUAUCAUAUUGUAUCACUGAAGUACCUACUAUAUAUCUUACUUUUCUCAGGUCCCAGUGACAAAAGUGAAAUGCUGAAAUCUUGUCUUACACUCUAAAAAAAAUGGUGCUAUAUGAUAUUCUUUGGCUUGUAAUCAUAGGGG